UUGGCGCCUGCUCUUGCUCUUGGCGCUUGUAGCGGCGGUGCCAUUACUGGUUCUCAGGGACCAUUGAAUAAUUUUUGAAAAGGGAUAGGAACCAAGAGGAAAGUGAUCGGGAUAUUUCAGUCGAUUUUACUGCUAUGUUUUAUUUUUUUCGACCUUCUUCUUUUGAUUUCUGACACAACUAUACAAUGGAAAAUGCCGAUGCUCUUGACCUAUCAAAAGAAAACAUUCAACCUCUGAAACGAGGGCGGAACACUGCCCAGUUAGGGCUCGCCCUUCAAGCCCAGAGUGACCCAACAUUGCAUCAGAUGUUUGCAAAGAAACAAGAAUGGUAUGAAAUGCAAAUUCGUACUUAUAAUGGCGAGGACCCUUUAGAUUUAUGGUGUGAUUAUAUUUCCUGGAUUGAGCAAAGCUUCCCAAAGCAUGGUCCUGAAGGAAAUUUAAGUUUGCUACUUACUAAAUGUUUUCAAGCUUUCAAAGAUGAGGAAAGAUACAAGAAUGAUGCCCGAUUCGUGGCUCUAUGGAUUAAAUAUAUAGAGAUGCAAACUGGCAGCAAACGUGCAGAACUGUACCAACUUUUGCACACCCAGGGCAUAGGGACGACAUGCGCCGAUUUUUAUUGCAGUUGGGCAUUUGAAUUCCAAUCUGUCAAUGAUUGGAAACAGGCUGAUCAGAUUUUUAAGAAAGGCUUGAGUAAAAUGGCUCAGCCUAUACAAACUUUAGAGACUGCGCACCAACAAUUUUUAGCAUCCUAUGUCUUUUCUCACCGAAGUAAUGGUGAUACGCCCGAUGAAGAAGAAAAUCAUGUUCAGACAGAUCAUCGUUUACCAAUGGCGGCUCUAAAACCCAUUGGGAAAAAGAGUGCAGCUCCAAAUGUUAGAGUUGGUUCAAAUGUCAGAAGUCAGCUACCUGGUGUGUUGCCAGCAAUGCAAGGAUCUUCAAGCCGUUCAGGUUCUUCCUCUUCAUCCAGAACAUUUGGUGUACGAGGAAACAAUGCAGGGCCAGUGGCAGUGUAUCAGGAACAUGGUGAACCUGAAGUAGAAGCUACACACAGUCAAGCUGUUUCUUCCUCUCUGCCUAUCACUCAAUCGCUGAACAAGGAAAAUAUAGUUCGCGCUGGUCCAUGGACUGGCCAGGGCUUGGGGUCUCGGAAACUACAAAGCACAAGCUAUGCCCAGCCCUAUGUACCAAGACAACCUGGUUUUGAAGUCCACAAAGAUGAAGAUGCCAAUGUCGGCAAUGGUCAAGAAAUGCGCCCUCACAGUACAACUGUUACCAGUGCACUUCAACCCCGAAAAGCCUUGGAAGAUGGAUUUCAGGAUGCUAUAGCCAUUUUUGAGGAGCCAGAUCCUUAUUCUAUCCCUAAGUAUCGAAAGAAUGAGGUAUAUGCUGGAGGGAAAGAGUUUCAAGUAGAAGAAAUUCAUGCCCUCGAUUAUUUUCGCAUGAAAGCGGAGAAGGAGCAUAAAACAAAGGAAAGUCUAGUUCAUCCUGAUCAUAAAGCUCUCUAUCACAAAAAAUUGAUCCCCCUAGAAGAAGUAAUGCCCCAGGAUGUUCAAUGUUCAGGAUCAUAUGGUAAUGGUCAAAUGAACGUUGGAGACUUUCACUCACCAGUCAGAAACGAACCUUCAACAUCUGAAAGCCUUCCUGUAAAUUUUGUAUCUGCUUCCGACUCCAACAAUUAUCUUGCACCUCCAUCAGCUUAUGGGGUCCCUUUAUCUGCUGAGGCUGAGAUAGUACAUCAUCACAUGGAGCAUAGUGAACAACCACCGCUUGGACAUAGACCAUCCAAUCAAUCUAUGCACAAUCAUUCUAUGACACUCCACACCAAACUGGCUAUGCGAGAAGUUAACAAUUAUUGGGGAAGCCCUUCAAUUGUGAAAUCACCUACACUUGUACAAAAUUUAGUCCCUGAGGAAGUGUAUCAUCAGCCUCCACCAUUCCAAAUAAUGAAAGAUGAUACUCCACCACUGCAAAUGUCAACAUACCAUGGAAAUGAGACAUUUCCCCAUGAAGAAAUGAUCAACACCACAUCAUACACAAAUGGUUUCCAAAUUUAUCAAGAGCCCCAGUAUCAGGCACCUGUCGAACCCAGUCAAAGCCAAAAGUUUGCAGUGUUCUGUGAUGAUGCAGAUAAUAAUAUUGGACCUGUUCGUACUUUGAGUAUGGAGAAAGGGGAACAGUCAUCCACUUAUACUUCAGGUUCAUUGAUGCAUAAAGUUGCCAAAGAAAAGGAGAAUAUUCAUAAAUUUCCCAUUGCGGACAUGGAGCUCAUGGAAGAUUGUGGUGUAGCCCCUGUGUCAGAUGUUACAUUACAUCAGCCAGAAUAUAAUGACUAUGGAGACUACUCUCACAUGCAAAGCCCUCCGGAAAUGUAUUCUCAGCAGCCAGUGCCAGUCUCCAUGGCUUCUCAUGACAUGGUUUCAGAGCCCCACUCUCAUGAUUCAAGACAGCCCGCUCCAGCUCAUGUCUUGACGCAACUCACUCCUGUCUCAUCAUCGCACAGUAUGAUGCAUUCCGCUGCGGCACUGCCUGUGUCUUCUUCAGAUGCUGCUCAUGGCAUGUUACUUCCUCCUGCUCCUACUCAUGGAUUGGUGCAACCAGGCCCGACGUUAAAUCAGGUAUACCAGGAGCCAAUGGAAGAUGAUACUAUGGUCGCCUCUGCCCCCCAGUUCGGAGUCAAUAUGUCUGAAACUGGUAUCACAGAAGCAUUCUUCUUUCCUCAAAUGGGAGCUGUAUCAACUCCUUUCAGAGUGUCACCAAAGAAAUCUCGGGCGUCCAAGAGUUCUAUAGAUUUCAACAGCUCUUUGUACCGCGUAGAACAGUCUUGGCCAGAUGAAGAGGAAAAUGGUGCUCAAGGACUAAACCGAGCACCAGAUGCUCCUAAGACAGUGCCACCUCUGAAACUCUUCAGGAUAAAGAAUGACUCUGACCAGCUAAGCGCAAUAGUAGAAACAUCACGAGAACAAUGUCCAAGUGCAUUUUCAAAUAACAUGUCAUCUCUUGCAACAAAUAGUCGAUACGGAAUGUACUCCACUCAGAGGGAUAGCUUUGGUCCCACUCCAUACUUAAACCAGAUUAAUGAGUCACCAGACCCAUACCAAGAACCAUACAGUCAAGAGCAAGCCCAAACUGAAGUUCAAACUGAAGUCCAGCCUCAAGUCCAAAAUCAACCAGUGAUCCCAGCCAGAGACCCAGAGAUCCUUGAUCCUGAACAGACGGCUGAAAUGGCUAGAAGGCUUGAGAAGAGAGAGAUAAACCCGUUUGAUUCGAGGCUGUUGAAGUUCUUCUUGGCUCGCAUGGAAUUCCCUCUUCCCCAUCAUUCUGAUGGAUAUCAUGUUGUGAGUGGUGCAGUUCCAGCUCAAAGAAAUAAAUGUCUCAACCUUAAUGGAGAAGUGUAUACAGUUGCUAAAGUCUUGGGAGAAGGGGCAUAUGCUAAGGUACUGAAAGGAGUGCACACAAUUACUCAGAAAGAAGUUGCACUCAAGGUUCAAAAGCCUUGUUGUCGUUGGGAGUACUAUAUAUGCAGGGAAAUUCAACAUAGACUUUCAAAUCAAGAUCUUGUAUCAGCCUUUAUGCCAGCUGAUCACAUUUAUGUUUACAAUAACGGCAGUGUCAUUGUAACAGAUCUGCUCGCUUAUGGAACCUUGCUAAAUCUUGUUAACAAAGUUUUUGCUUCUACUAAACGUCAAAUGACAGAGCUGCAAGUUCUAUAUUUGCUUGAUCAAUUGUUAAGUGCUGUUGGAGCUCUUCAUAAGUGCAGAAUAAUCCAUGGAGAUCUGAAACCAGACAAUAUUCUUAUAAGAUCAAUACCAGGAUCAGGACCUGGACCAUGUAUUCAAUUUAUUGACUUUGGGCGAAGUAUAGACAUGAGUUUAAUGCCUGAUGGAGCUACAUUUGAUACAGUUGUAAUGACAGAUACAUUUACAUGCAUUGAAAUGCGCACUGGUAAACCAUGGACUUACCAGACUGAUUUGUUUGGACUUGCUAAUACCACCCAUUGCCUUCUGUUUGGAGACUACAUGAAGGUUCAGGAAAGCAAAAGUUCCGGCAGAUGGGCUAUUCAAUCAAGGCUUCCAAGGCAUGUAAAUGGAGAAUUCUGGACUCCAUUUUUUGACACAUUAUUAAAUAUAGAAUCAUGUGAUUCUCUGCCUGAUUUAGAAUCGAUACGAUCUGAUGUUCAAUCACGUAUGAGUAACAGUUCUCAAUUAAGUAUGACUGUUUCUGCUUUGGGCCGUUUAUUACUCAGUCGAUGAUUAUCUCCUACCACAAGUCACUCGUUAAAAUACUUCAUAGAUAAUGUGAUAAACCCUGGCUGUGUGACUUGUGGUCAUUUUAUAUACGGUAUGUUUACCAUGUAAUUAAAGAGUGCAAUUAAUGAAUUUAUUACUUGAUUGAAGUCAUGUUAUGUAUGGUAUGUUCCUUUGUAGCUACUGAGUUAAAAAUUUGCAUGUUAAAGAAAGAAAGAAAUAAUUGGACAGAAUGUGAAAUAUUUUCUAUUUAAUUGUGUUAAAAAGCUCAGGAUUGUGUAUUAGUUUGUAAGAUCCAACAGCUUGUGAUAAUCUUCUCGGCAUUUUAGCCAAACAUCUUUCUGUGGUGUUGUUCGCAAUGGAUGCGAAAGUUGUUUGCAUUUGUUUGAAAUAACAACUUUGGUUUCCA